AUGGCUAAAAGUACUUUUGAGUACGUAAAAAAUUUCGAAGUUGAUGACACUCUUUUACCCAACACCUGGAUUGUAGUAAGGUUAGAUGGAAAGUGUUUUCAUAAGUUUUCCGAUGAUCACAACUUCGCCAAACCCAACGAUAUAAGAGCUUUGAAACUAAUGAAUUAUGCUGCAUUUACAAUCCUUAGAGAGUUCAAUGAUGUGUUAAUGGCUUUUGGACAAAGUGAUGAAUACUCUUUUAUCUUUAAAAAACAGACCACACUACACAAACGUCGUUCUGCAAAGCUUUUGACAACUAUGACCAGCAAGUUUACUUCAUCUUACGUAUAUCACUGGGAAAAAUUCUUUGAAAAUGAUUUGUUAAAAUAUCCUCCAGCGUUUGAUGGUCGUGUGGUUUUAUAUCCCAGUGACGAAAACUUAAUAGAUUACAUGAAAUGGCGCCAAGCUGAUGUGCACAUUAAUAAUUUAUAUAAUACAUCAUUUUGGACACUAAUUCAAAAAGGAAAGCUUAGUCCAUCACAGGCUGAAAAACGUCUAUGUGGGACUGUAUCUGCAGAUAAAAAUGAAAUAUUAUUUCAAGAAUUUGGAAUAAAUUACAACAAUGAACCUGAAAUAUUCAAAAGAGGCACCUUACUAAUGAGACAGAAUAUGUUAUUCAAUAAUAAAGCUAAAAAUAUUAUAGUAGAUAUACAUGAUGAUAUGUUAAAAGACAAAUUCUGGAAGCAGCAUUCAAGUUUAUUAUCGUUAAAACAAAAGGAAAUUAAUUUGUAUAAUGGUCCAACUACAGAUAUAAUAAGUGAACAAACUAGUUUAAUUAUAGAAUAG